AUGGCCUGUUGUGGGAUGUCACUCGCACCGAAAUACGAUUUUAUGAUAAAGAACUUUAUCAUAUCCAAUACGUGCAUACAAGGCUUCUGCUUCUUUGUGCUGCUCGUCUCUGCAUGCCUGGUGUCCUGUCUAAACGAACUGAUCGAUUGUUAUAUCAACGAGAAAAUGUCAACGAAUACAGAAAAGCUGAAGCACAAGCGAUGGAAGGUUUAUAUCAUGGCUGUCAAUUUCGUAACCAUUUUCAUCAAUUUUAUAACAAUGAUGAUAUGUAUGACCUUUAACGUGUGGGUUGUUUGCAGCGUAAUUGUGGGAAAAUUGAUUGGAAGGGUUAAUGGCAGGAAGAAGUGCGCAAAGAUGUGUGAGAUAUGUAAUUAA